AUGGCUCUCUUUGCGCCUCUUCCUUAUGUUGUUGCAGGACACGACUUUUUCUUCCACUCUGGAAAAGUCUUUUGCACAUAUGAUGUGGAAUCGUUGCAUGAAGGCUACGGAGCUUACUUGGUUCUCAUUUAUAUAGCUAUUCCCUUAAUCAUCAUUACAAUCUGUUAUACAAGAGUUUUCAUCGCGGUCCGCCAACAUAAUCUUGUAGUUUUUCGGCAAAGAAUUCGUCCUUUAAACCGACAAUUAAACUUUGGUCCCGAUAAUCCGAGACUGUCUGUCGAGGAGGUUAAAGUGACGAACAUCCUACUAGUUGUGGUGGUAGGUUUUUUAAGCUGCUGGACUCCCGUUCUAGUCAUUGAUUUGAUAGAUUUUAUAAACGGAGAUUGGAAGCUCAAGCGACAAGUCUACGUAAGCUACACCUGUUUUGGCUUCGCUAGUUCAGCUCUCAAUCCCAUCAUAUACGGAAUCAUGAAUCGCACGUUUCGUACGGAAUAUUUCAAGAUUUUUUCGUCCGUAAAGAGGUUCGUUCUCGGGUCAAACACAAAUGUUCAGAUUGCUCCUGCAGUGAUCGUGAUUGCUUGA